CAGCCUGGGCUCUCGCUCCCCGACACCGGCCGAGACCGCAAGGCCCCGGAGCCGCCGCGGCUAGAGGAGGAGGCCGGGAGGGGAAGCUGAGCGACCCAGCCUCCCUCCCCCACCCUCGCCCCGUUCACCUCGGCGACCACCUCGCCGGGAGCCUGAUCGUGGAAGGCCGAGGCUGGGAUGCGAUUCUCUGCACGCUGCCGAGUGAGCCGGCAGCUCAGCUCCUGGGUGGGCUGCGAAGAAAAUGCUGCAAUCUGAGAGCGGCUGACCCCAGUUGGGCAGCGCAGACGGGGUGCUAGAGUGCCGGGGCUCAAGUGUAAGGAGAAGGGGGCGGAUUGUGUUGAAGGGCCGGGGCAGUUGUUUUUCUGGGUACCAGCAGCUCCCGGGCAGCACGUUCCCGGGGCUACCCGGGAGCCAGAUGAAGUGAGGCGGAGGCGCCGCGGGAGAGGCGGGUCUGAAGGUGGCCGGGUGGACACUGCAGGAGGAAGACGGCACUGGGGAGGGCGGCAUGACGCCCCCGGGGCUGGGUGCUUGGCUGGCGGGGCGCAGCCGUCGCGCGACCUGUCCAUGGUGUUGAAGGCGCCCUGCGCCGAGCUCCGCGAGCCCCGCGUGGUGCGCCCUGCCGGGUGCGCCCUCCUCGGCGCAGCCCGCCUCUCGCGCCCGCGAGCUGCCGCCCCGUCGCCGCAAACCCCCGGCCAAGGCUCGUCCGGUAACGCCGUCCGGGUGACCGCACCGUCGGCCCGAGGGGCCGCCUGAAUGGCGAAGCAAGAGGCAGACGACCCGGGAGCUCGCGGGGAAAGGUCGGCCGAGACCGUGCGCCGACUGGGAGCCCGCCUCUGAGCGCAGCGCGCUGGCCAGAAGGAGCAAAGGACCUGCUGGUGACCAGAGGACAGAGAUUUUUAAAAGACCCGACCCAGAGAGGAAGAACAUUUCUUCUCUCGCAGACCGGAAGGGGGAGAGUGGCUGAGAGGGAGACCCAGGCGGGACGCAGGGCAGGCAGCCCUGGCAUCUGGAGGUUUCCUUCGCUGGCCGGCCGCAUCGCGGGUGUUUCAGUUCAUCCUGUCGUCUAGUGGCUCCUCCUGAUAGACACCGUCCCCCCCCCCCAGCCCCCUCCCAAGAAAGCCAAGCGAGUGGGUCCCGUCGCCACCCUACACAAAGAAAGCCCAGGAGCCCAGCCGCAGCCGAGGGCAUUCGGUGUUUGGUUUCCGGCCCGAGGGCAGCGUCGCCCGAAGCCCGGCUGAGUGCGGCCGCGGCCGGUUCGGAGCAGUCGCUUCCUGCCGAGCCGGGAGGGGGCGGGAGGCGGCAGUGUCUGGCUCGCCGCCGCCUGAGGCUGCACCUGCUCCGCAGGAUGCGCAGAGGCUUGCCGGAGCCUCUCCGGAUGAGAACUUUUUAGGCUGCCCGCCCGCGUUCCCGCAGUCCCUGGGCUGCGCACCGGCAGCCGGGGGCCGAGGGGGCGCCGCUGCGCGAGCCCCCCUCCUGCCCCCUCCCCCUCCUUGGCUCGGCAGCCCGCCCGCAGCUGUGUUCCGGGCGCGCGGAGGGAAGGCGAGGCUGCGGCGGGUCAUGCCCACGGUGUAGCCGCGAAGCGGAGGCAUGGCUGCCGGAAGGUUCCUGCUCUACACGGGCCUCUCGCUAGCGCUCUGCGCCCUCGGCAUGCUGGCCGUGGCCGUCUGCUCAGACCACUGGUACGAGACGGACGCCAGGAAGCACAGGGACAGGUGCAAGGCCUUCAACACGCGCCGGGUCGACCCUGGCUUCAUUUACAACAAUAACAACAACUUGCCGCUCCGGGCCAGCCGCUCGCGCCUGGACCGCUGGGAGGGCACACUCCUCCGCGCCCGGAAUCGCCGGCAGCUCUUCGCCAUGAGCCCCGCCGACGAGUGCAGCCGGCAGUACAACUCCACCAACACGGGCCUCUGGAGGAAGUGCCACCGACAGGGCUUCGACCCGGAGAUCGCGGCCCUGAUUCGGAAAGGAGAAAUUGAGCGAUGCACGUACAUCAAAUACCACUACUCCUCAGCCACCAUCCCCAGGAACCUCACCUUCAACAUCACGAAGACCAUCCGCCAGGAUGAGUGGCACGCCCUGCACCUGCGAAGGAUGACGGCCGGCUUCAUGGGCAUGGCGGUGGCCAUCAUUCUCUUCGGCUGGAUUAUUGGUGUGCUGGGCUGCUGCUGGGACCGAGGCCUGAUGCAGUAUGUGGCAGGGCUUCUCUUCCUCAUGGGAGGAACUUUCUGCAUCAUUUCACUGUGCACCUGUGUGGCCGGGAUCAACUUUGAGCUGUCACGCUACCCACGCUACCUGUAUGGACUCCCCGACGACAUCAGCCAUGGCUACGGAUGGUCCAUGUUCUGUGCUUGGGGGGGCCUGGGCCUCACGCUAAUCUCGGGAUUCUUCUGUACCUUGGCCCCUUCUGUCCAACCUGUCCCGAGGACCAACUGCCCCAAAUCCAGACCCGAGAAUGGGACAGUGUGCUAA